AUGGUUCAACCAUCAGUAUCAGAUCUCGUGAGGAGCGUAGCGCACAAGCUACCGCCAAUCGACGACCCAGAAUUUGGUUCACACUUUGAUCAGUACGGGCAGGCACGUGUUGUUCUUAUUGGUGAUGCUAGCAGUGUCGAGGUCUCUCUGUCUGCACACAUAGACCUGGUGCCGGUCCUGGUCAACCAAGCUUCAGAUGAUCUACUUGUACCUUCCAGAGCAAUGCGUGGCGGCCCAUCUGACACAUUCUUCCACACGCUGCGCCACGGCACGUCAGAGUUCUACCGUGCCCGCGCCGCCAUCACCCAGCGCCUUGUCGAACAGCAUGACUUCAACAUCGUAGCCAUUGAAGGCGACUGGCCGGACGCUCGCGCCGUCGACCGCUACGUCCGCUACGACCCAUCCACCUCUGAGACUUCCAAGCUUCGCGUCUUCGACCACUUCCCACGGUGGAUGUGGCGCAACACCGAAGUCCAGGGCUUCGUUGACUGGCUCCGCAAGCACAAUGCCCAGCUCUCACCCGGCCAGCGCACCAUGUUCAUCGGUCUAGAUCUGUACAGUAUGAGCACAUCGAUAAAGGCCGUCAUCGAGUAUCUGGACAAGGUCGACCCGGAGACAGCGGCGGUAGCCAGGAAGCGUUACAGCUGCCUUAUCCCCUGGGCCGACGAUCCUGCCCAGUACGGCCGCAUGGCGAUGAGCAAAGGGUACGGACCUUGUGAGGCCGGCGUGAUGGCGAUGCUUCGAGACCUGAUGCAGAAGAGGGCCGACUACGCUCAAGCCGGCAACGAUGGGGACGGCUUCCUCGACGCCGAGAUGAACGCACGCGUCGUCGCGGACUCGGAGAAGUACUACCGCGCGAUGUACUACGGCGACAACCAGUCCUGGAACCUCCGUGAUACGCACAUGUUCCAGACGCUAGCACGGCUGAUGAAGCUGAAGCCGGGUUCCAAGGCCGUUGUCUGGGCGCACAACUCGCAUGUGGGCGAUGCUAGGGCUACCGCUAUGGGCGAGAACAGGGACGAGAUCAAUCUGGGCCAGCUGUGCCGCAAGCACUUCACCAACCCGGGCGAUGUCACCAUCAUUGGCACCGGCACGGACGGAGGCCCUGACUGCACCGUCGCGGCGGCAGAUGAGUGGGACGAGCCGAUGAAGGUCAUGAAGGUCAACCCGUCCAGGGAGGAUAGCUACGAGCGGGUCAUGCACAAUACAGGCAUCCCGUCCUUCACGCUUGAUCUGCGCGAAGGCUUCCAGGAUGCGGAGGUUCUCAAGGCGCUCGAGAAGCCGAGACUCGAGCGGUUCAUCGGGGUCAUCUAUCGCCCGGAUACGGAGCGCUGGAGCCACUACAUGAAGGCUUGUCUCACGAAGCAGUUCGAUGCCUUCGUCUGGUUCGAUAAGAGCAAGGCUGUGCAUGCCUUUGAGACGGCGCAGCCGAAGGAGUCACCGUCCAAGGGCGAGACCUAUCCGUUUGGCCUGUAG